AUGCUUACUGCAUCGUUUGGUUACAGUGGCAAUCUCUGCUGGUUAUUCACCUCUUUCCAGGAAAAAAUGUCAUGUGACGUUUGGCAGCAGGUUUUAGCUCUUGACUCGCGAUAUAGCAUCGUUAGACCUGCAACAAAAACAAAUGCAGAGUUGCGACAACUUUACCUUCGGAGAAGAAAUCAAUUAACAAGGGAAAAGUCAGUUUUGAGUAAUGGUGAGACAUUUAAGCUUCCGAAUCUGUCAAGUAGUGCUCACUAUUCGGCUGAAACUUCUAUGGCUUAUUUUGCUAGCUAUAGGAAUAUUCGCGAGCAGCUUCUGUUAACACUCUAUGGUCCACCAAAGUCCAUUAAGUGUCCGUCGCCGCAAUCCAGUAUUAAUAAAACCAAGAGCUUUGACGAAAGUACUAGGCAGCCUUCGCUGCUAGACUACUCAAUGAUUGGAUCUGUUUGUGAUAUAACUUCAGAGUAUACAACACCUACAAGAACUGAGACUCUAAGCGAAAGUUAUGCGUUUUCUGGUAUUGAACAUAUAUUCGACCAUCAUUCAGGAUCUGUUAACCGCUUGUGCUUUGCAAAUCAUGACUCAAGUCGUUUAGCAUUGGCUUCUUCUGAUGGUACUAUAUCCAUAUGUCGUAUUUGUCCAACCAGCAGACACUUUUCCAUUUCAUGUGUUCUUCCAGAAUUUCGUGUAAAACAAACAGAAAUUACUGAUAUAGCGUGGUCCAUGACCAAUGAGUUUCUGGUGAGUACAUCUCUUGACGGUAAUAUAUGUCUUUGGGAUGUUGGGGAAGCAAGGCUAGCACGAGAGUAUUUGAGUAAGGAUCUAAAACUUGGUCCACUACUGACAUGCGCAUUUCAACCUGCAAAUAACAACUUAUUCGCUGUUGGCAGUGCAACUGGAAUCGUCCAGAUGCUAAACCUCUCCACAGGUAAAGCGUGCGUCAGAGGGAUGGACCGCAUUCACAUAACUCGCCACAGUAAAACUUGUCUUAAUUCCUCGGUAAUUGAGCUGCGCAGCUUAUUGGGUACUGGUUGUAUCACAACGUUGGCUUUUGAAAAUGCAUCUGGCAAUUAUUUGUGGGUUGGAACUGAUCGGGGUAUAAUUCAAUCUUACGUAUGUGAAUCAUCAACAGGUUUCAUUACAAGAUCUCAGCGUUUCGAUCUAUCCUUGUUAGACCUUUCCAUUUUGUCCUCAUUUCUGGAUGGUGAAAUAAAACUGCACGAUCAGUUGAACAAAGAAUUAAGUGGUAGAGGUAAAGCUCUCUUCCUAUCUAAAGCAGAUCAAAGUUUCAAAAAGUGGACCAGUAACAAAGACCGAACACGCCUAUCUGGUGGCAUACUUAAGACAAACAGUAAAAACACUCUCAUGAAGCCUAGUAUAACUAGCCUCUCAAUAUACGAUUGGCUGUCAAAAGAAAAGAAUGGAACAUACAUGCUAGUCAAUGUAGCGGGUAUUGGGCUUUUGCUGCUUCGACUAACACUACGUGGAAGACAGCUAAUACUGGAACAAAGGUUUCCAUUACAACAAAGUUCAAAUCCCUCAACCCUUCAUCUAAUUCAUUCUUGCUUUGCACCACUUAUAUCUUUCCGUUCUGGAGCUUGCGCAGUAAGUGGUAGCGAAGAUUGUAAUGUCUACUUGUAUAACGUAUUAGGCAAUCGUAAUAGCAAUUCUACAACAGGAAAUGUCUUCAACAGACCUAAGCAAUUAUCUGCCGGCAUUGUAACAAUCUUACAAGGACAUAUAGCACCUGUACUAGAUGUUGCAAUCAGUUGGGAAGAAAAUAUGUUAGCAUCGGCAGAUGAGAAAGGUGCUGUCAUCAUUUGGAGAAGGAAAGACAAGUCUCUUGAUGAUUGUGAGAGAUAA